CUCGGAAGGACCCGGCUGCUCGCCGAGCGGAGCGCGCAGGAACCGCAGCCGCGCGCCCGCCGGCGCUCUCCCGCCGCGGGCUCCCCAGCGGCCGUCCUUCCCCGCGAUGCCGUAGGGCCACGGAGCUGCUCCACAGGUCCUGGCCUCGGUGGCCCGCGGCGCUCGAGGCGGCAGCACCGGCCGACAGGGCAGGCGGCGGCUCUGCGGGCCCGCCCGUCCUCCUCAGCCGCCCACCCACCAUGGAAGCCCCCGAGGUCCCCGUGGGCUCGCUGAUCGACUUCGGGACUGAGCUGCCCACCUCCCCUCCCCAGGAGGCAGCUCCUCCGGCCCCGCAGGACAGGGACGGCUCCCUGGGAGACGACGCGUCCGAGAGCGAGGCCACGGAGUCCGCAGACAGCGAGAAUGACAUGGGCGAGUCGCCCUCGCACCCGUCCUGGGGCCAAGACCACCGCUCCUCCUCCAACGAGUCCUUCUCGUCCAGCCAGAGCGCCGAGUCCGCCCCGGACGCCGCCAGCCUGGCGCUCCGCGACUUCAUGCGCAGCUACGUGGAGAAGGUCUUCUCCGGAGGGGAGGACCUGGACCAGGAGGAGAAGGCCAGGUUUGGGGAGUACUGCAGCAGCGAGGACGGGAAAGGCCGCGAGUGGUUCGCGCGCUACGUCAGCGCCCAGCGCUGCAAGUCCAAGUGUGUAUCCGAGCCCACCUUCUACCGCCUGGUGCAGUCCUUCGCCGUGGUGCUGUUCGAGUGCCAUCAGAUGGAUGACUUCGGGCCCGCCAAGAACCUCAUGACCAUGUGCUUCACCUACUACCACAUCGGCAAGCCGCACCCGCUCCCGUCCGAGCCCAGGGAGAAGGCCGCCGGCAGCAUCGACUCCUACCUGAAGUCCGCCAACAGCUGGCUGGCGGAGAAGAAGGACAUUGCCGAGAGGCUGCUGAAGAACACGGAGAACAUGAAGGGCUUCUUUGGGGGGCUGGAGACCAAGCUGAAGGGACCUUCCACCAAGAAAAACGAAGAAGAUGAGAACAAACCCAAGGACAAGCAGCCCAAGGCUGAGACCGUGUACAGCCCUGAGGGUGAGCUGAAGGGGGAGAAGAUCUACCUGUACACACACCUGAAGCAGCAGCCCAUCUGGCACACGCUGAGGUUCUGGAACGCAGCCUUCUUCGACGCUGUCCAUUGCGAGAGGAGGAAGCGAUCUCCCACCACCAGGGAGAAGUGGUGCCACAUGACCCAGGAGGAGCGCGAUGACAGCCUGCGGUUCAACGAGAACAUCGCCUUCGGGCAGCUGGGCACAUUCACCCACAACAUGCUGGCCUUUGGGCUGAACAAGAAGCUGUGCAGCGACUUCCUGAAGAAGCAGGCUGUGAUCGGCAACCUGGACGAGGAACAAUACAAGCUGCUUAGCGACCACAUCGAGCAGAUGGCGGCUGAGUAGGAGGCUGCGGGCCUCCCAGAAAACCCGCAUGGCAGCGGCAGCGCCCAGCCCCCAGGGCCGCCUUCCACGUAGCGGUUAGAAGACCCCUGCCGCCCGCCCCGUCUGCCCCCACCCCUGUGCACGGCGUCCUCGGGGACCUUCUGCCCCAGCCAGCGAGCGGGCUUGUGAGAUGAGACCGAGGGGGGAGGAGG